CCCCCAGGAGGAGGCGCUGACGCAGCAGCGUGGAGCCCGGGAAUUGAGCGCCCCCGGGGGGUUCCAGCCGCCGGAUUCCAGCCUGGCCAGGGCCUGCGGGCGCCCGGAGCCGUGCCGUCCUCGCCGCCGUCCCGCUUGGAGGUGCUGAUGACACACACUCGGAGGAAGUCCCUUCCUGUGCAGAGCUCGGGUCCUACUGGCCGUCAGGAGGCCCUGCAGAUGGAUGGCAGCAAUAUGGAGCAGGGGGCAGAUGGGAUGGAGCCCGGUGUGCCUGACAGUCCUGGGCCCCUGGCCAACCGCCGCAAGAACUACCCACUGCGGAAGCGCCAAGGAGUCCCUGACAAGCCCAAGGCCUGCAAGGUGCUGCUGACCCGACUAGAGACCAUGGCUGGCCCACGCAGCGCUGAUGAGGCAGAUGAAUUGCCGCCUGCCCUGCCCAAGCCCCCUAGCCCAGCCCCUGGAGAGGAUGCAGGACCCCCCCAGCCCCGCAAGCGACGGCUGGCCUCACUCAAUGCUGAAGCCCUCAACAACCUGCUGCUGGAGCGUGAAGACACGGGGAGCCUGGCAGGUGCACGCCGUGGCCGAGGAGGGGACCCCCACCGCAUCCGGGACCGGGUCACAGGGGGCUGUCCCUCCAAAAAGCGGCCCCGGCCAGGGGAGCUGGGAGGAGCCAGCAGAGACCUGUCCCCAGAGCUGGCACCUGAUGAAGGUGCCCGACGGGAUGGUGACCCAGCCCCCAAGAGACUGGCCAGCCUGAAUGCCGCUGCCAUCCUCAAGCUAAGCCAGGAGCGAGAGCUGCCACUGCGGCCACCUCGGGCUCCCCCAGAGUCCGAUGGCUCUGAGCUGCCCACACCCAAGGCCCCUCGGCCAAAGUGGGCCAAGGUCAAUGGCAAGAACUACCCCAAGGUCCAGCAGGGGACUGGCUUUGCAGAGGCCUCAGGCCAUCUUGGUAGAGAGGGUCAUCCUGAGGAGCCAUGGCCACCUACCACCCCACAUAGACCCCCUAGCCAGCUGCCUUACCAGCCUACCAGCCAAGCCCUAGAGAGUCCCCCGGGGCCACGCCCCCAGCUGCCUCUGCUGAUGGGCGGGCAGGCAGCACUGAAGCCGGAGCCUGGGCGCCCUGGCGAGGAAUCACCCGCCCCAAAGCAGGAACUACACCAGCCCUCAUUCCCUGCACUCCAGCUGUCCCCACUGCCACUGCCUGGCAACCCUGCUGACUACCGUGGCCUAUGUGGCCAACCUGAGCUUGGUAGCUUCUAUUUGUACUGCAGCCCCGAGAGGCUGCAGUGUGGAGGCUGCUCCCCCUGCCCCAUGCUUCCUGAGGGUAAGCUGUCCCCAGUGGCUGCACCCAGUGAGGGGCUUCUGGUGGCCCCAAGUACCGUGCCCACGGGCACCCCCUUCCAGCAUCCUCCCUGGGGGUCCCGCAUCUGCUCCAGUGAGGACACUGGCAUGAGUGGCUAUAGAGUCUGUGAGCUGCUGACCUCGUCCCUCACCCACGUGGGUACUACCUGCGGCAGCCGUCCCUACAAAAUGCCUUUUGCAGCAGAAAGCUGCAGGUCCCUGGGCCAGCUGGAAUUUCCUCUCCCGGAAGCUGGCCACCCAGCCUCGCCUGCCCACCCCUUGCUGGGCUGCCCGGUGCCCAGCGUGCCACCUGCUGCUGAGCCAGUCCCUCACCUUCAGACACCCACCUCAGAACCCCAGACAGUUGCCCGCGCAUGCCCACAGAGCGCCAAGCCCCCCAGUGGCUCCAAGUCUGGCCUGCGUACAGGCACCAGCUGUCGACACACGGCACGGAGCAAGGCCACCCACCGGCCCAGCCACCCCAAGCAACCCCGUGCUCAGAGACCUCGCCCUCGCCGUAGGCGCCGCCGCCGCACAAAUGGCUGGGUGCCUGUGGGGGCUGCCUGCGAGAAGGCUGUCUACGUUCUGGAUGAACCGGAACCUGCCAUCAGAAAGAGCUAUCAGGCAGUGGAGCGGCAUGGAGAGACCAUCCGUGUCCGGGACACGGUCCUUCUCAAGUCAGGCCCACGGAAGACGUCCACUCCUUAUGUGGCCAAGAUCUCUGCCCUCUGGGAGAACCCCGAGUCAGGGGAGCUGAUGAUGAGCCUACUGUGGUAUUACAGACCGGAGCACUUACAGGGAGGACGCAGUCCUAGCAUGCAUGAGCCCUUGCAGAAUGAAGUCUUCGCCUCCCGACACCAGGACCAGAACAGUGUGGCCUGCAUAGAGGAAAAGUGCUAUGUACUGACCUUUGCUGAGUACUGCAGGUUCUGUGCCAUGGCCAAGCGCCGUGGCGAGGGCCUCCCCAGCCGGAAGACAGCACUGGUGCCCCCAUCAGCAGACUACUCCACGCCACCACACCGAACGGUGCCGGAGGACACGGACCCUGAGCUAGUGUUUCUCUGUCGCCAUGUCUAUGACUUCCGCCAUGGCCGCAUUCUCAAGAACCCCCAGUAGCCUCCUCAGUCCCCGACCAGGGCUGCCCACAAGCCAGUGGGGCUCAGGGCAGGAGGCACUGCUUGAAGCACAGCACUUGGUGAAGGGGCCACAGGAGCCUGAGUUUGCUGGCCUGUGGUUCCUGGGGGUGGGGGUGGGGGUAGGGGUGGGCAGGGGCCCGGUGGGUUCUGGGCCCUCUGGGAGGGGAGGGGAGGCCAUGGUUGAAGAAAAGCAUCAGAGCCCUCAGCUGGGCCCAGGAGAAUUCUCCUGAAGCAGCUGUCUUCCCGAGUCUGGGCCAGGCCUGAGGGCGGUGGGUUCUGCAGGGCUAGGUAAGAGCCUUCAGGAAACAAACCCCACAGGUUCCUCACUAGCCUCCUCCACCCCCAACCCUUCCACAAGGCCCUAGAGGGGAAUCGGGAGCCAGCUUUACCUCACCCACUGUGACCUGCUGCUUCCUUCCACCUAAACCUGAGGCCCAGGCUCUUCCAGAUCCUAGCACAACUUUGAACUCAUUACUUUGAGGCAGGGGGAACCAGUGUCUGGUUUCCAGAAGCUUCCUCUUCCCAGAGUCUGGCUUGUCUACCCCUGGUUUUCCUUUUCUGCCCAUGUAGUAGCCCCUGGUGCUGGGACAUGUUACCUGGCCUUCCUGGUCCUGGGUGUGGCCUGUCAGGGGACACCUGCUUCCUGCCCACCUCUUGGCCAGGCCACCCAACCACAGGUCUGACUCCCCAGAAGUGAGCUGGUCCACAUGGGGUUGACUGUGUCUUGGAGGUCAGAAGGAGCUGGAAGUGGGCGGAACACAGGGGCAAGAAAACCGCUACCUGCUUGACUGAAAGACUUUUCCUCUUGCCUUACACGCGGAGGUGCUUGCAGACCUCCUGCAGAACUUCACACAGGACCCUUCAGGCCACACCCACCUGGAAUCAAACCAAAGGCGAGAUGCGGACCCUGGCCCGCCCCGCUAUUCCUUCCACCUAGUUCUUUGUAGAUUGCACUAAUCUCCACCCCACCCCCCCCACCCCCCAAGAAUCCACACUGUAUCAGUCCACAGACCUGCUGAGCAGCAGCUGACUCUAGGAGCUGUCUGGGAAGUCUGCAUUUUCAGUUUGCUCCUGUAGCCCUGGGCCCUGUGCUCACCUCAGUGCACUGCUCCCCAGAGGAGGGGAGGUAGCCCUGGGGUUGGCUGUGAAGGAGCCAGGGCAGCCGGUCAUUUCCUAUUUGAACCAAAAAGGAGUGCACCGUGGGCCGCUGCCAGCUUGGAGAUCCUGCUCAGGAGCAUUUCUGCAAAGCCCAGAAGCAGGAGUAACUGGACCCACCUGCCCUGUGUGUGGGUUCCACAGACCUAGUAGGCUGAGAACGUGGUCCUGGGGUGAGGACAGGUCAGAGUGGGUGGGAGGAGCAGGUGGAAGUGACUGCUAGGCACUUCCAGUCACCCUACCCCUGCCCUUGAGCUGGUGUUGGGCCCCUAUGAGGAUAGUCUUAGAUCCUCCAUGUUGGCCAAGCAAUUUGGAGGAAGGCAGGGAAGCGAGUUGACUGAGUGGUGAUUGGUGGUGGUGGGGGGGGAGCUGGUGAUCUGACUUUUAAACCUAUUCACUCAGUUCAAGGCAUUAAGCCCUGGCCUCCAGGAACCCAGCCUCCCAUAGCCCCAGAACAGCUCAGGGCCUCUUUGCCGGGGGUCCUGCUGCCAGAAUUGAAAUGCUUUGGAAAUCUCUUAGAUGUGGAAAUAUUUUUUUCGAACCUGAAGAUGCAGCUGGUAGAAUUUCAAUGGAAGCAUAAUUCAUGUAAAAUAUAUUUUAGUUGGCUAUUUUGUAAAAUGCACUUUUUGUGUGUGUCGACCCUGGUUUCUCUCAGAUCUGUAUUUCAGUGUUUACAAGGGAGGGAGGGUCUUUCCUCACCUCCCUUUCGACAGAGAUUAGAAGUAACUUCUUUAAGAAAAAUAAAUAAAUUUGAGAAAUUGUAUUGAUUUAGAAAAGGCUA